AUGAAGGCUCUCCUCACUCUGGGGUUCCUCUUGCUUUCAGUUACUGUCCAGGCCAAGGUCUAUGAACGCUGUGAGUUCGCCAGAACUCUGAAAAGUCAUGGAAUGGAUAGCUACAGGGGAAUCAGCCUGGCCAACUGGGUGUGUUUGGCUCAGCAUGAGAGUAAUUAUAACACACAAGCUACAAACUACAACCGUAAAGACCAAAGCACCGACUACGGGAUAUUUCAGAUCAAUAGCCGAUACUGGUGUAAUGAUGGCAAAACCCCGAGAGCAGUGAAUGCCUGUGGGAUACCCUGCAGUGUGUUGCUCCAGGAUGACAUCACUCAAGCCAUGGAAUGUGCAAAGAGGGUUGUCAGGGAUCCACAAGGCAUUAGAGCAUGGGUGGCAUGGAGAAGCCACUGUCAAAACCGAGAUCUCACCCAGUAUAUUCGGGGCUGUGGAGUCUAACCACUGUGCUCUUCUGCUUCAGCUCAUUCUGUCUCUGUAUUGCUAUAGAAGUAGAAAUGGAAAAGGUCACAUGUUCUUGGACUCCCCUUUAGACAAGCACGAUUUAAACAGAAACAGGAGCAAAAUGGAGACUGUUUCCUCAGAGGCUUCAUGCUGACUAAUGUCUUCAUUGUUCUAAGCAAAGUCAUCAUUUUUUGGUUACCUAGGCAGCAGAUGCUGGUGACAGUGGUCUAGCACUUUGAUGGUCACACGCAUCUCCAUACAUCAGUUCUUCAUCUGUGAGGUAAUUCACAU